GCCCCCCCCGCCAUCUCGUGACCUUCUCACCCCAUUGGGAAAUUGAUUGUUGCAACUUCUACUGAUCAUUUGCUUCCACUAUCUCCGUCCCUGUAGAUCUCUCUCUAUCUCUCGUAGAAGAAAGCAUUCACUAGUGGAUGCUCUUCUAUUGAGUUGAAUAGGCGAUUCAUUCUCUUUCUCGAUCUCUAAAACUUAAAAGUUUCAGCUUCUUCAGCCUCCUAUAGCGAUCUUUCUGCGACUAGGUGCUCAACAACAUCAACAAUGACUGUCACACCUAAUAUUUCAAUCAACGAUGGUAAUCUUGUUGUUCAUGGCAAGACCAUUCUCACUAGAGUGCCUGACAACAUUGUGUUGACUCCUGGCUCUGGUGUUGGACUUCUUGCUGGUGCUUUCAUUGGUGCUUCCGCUGCCGAUAGCAAAAGUCUCCAUGUCUUUCCUGUUGGUGUUUUAGAGGGUUUGCGAUUUAUGUGUUGUUUCCGGUUCAAGUUAUGGUGGAUGACCCAGAGGAUGGGAACGUGUGGAAAAGAUAUUCCUUUGGAGACCCAAUUCAUGCUAGUAGAGAGCAAGGAUGGUGGUGAAGGAGUUGAUCAAGAUGAUGCCCAGACCAUCUACACUGUUUUCCUCCCUCUCCUUGAAGGCCAGUUCCGUGCUGUUCUGCAAGGCAACGAAAAGAGUGAGAUGGAAAUAUGCCUUGAGAGUGGGGAUACUGCUGUUGAAACCAACCAAGGCCAUUACCUUGUCUACAUGCAUGCUGGCACCAACCCUUUUGAAGUUAUCAACCAGGCUGUGAAGGCUGUGGAAAAACACAUGCAAACUUUUCUUCAUCGUGAGAAGAAAAAGUUGCCCUCUUUUCUUGACUGGUUUGGCUGGUGCACUUGGGAUGCUUUUUACACUGAUGUCACAGCUGAGGGUGUUGAGGAAGGCCUCAGGAGUUUAUCAGAGGGAGGGACUCCUCCACGAUUUUUAAUCAUCGAUGAUGGUUGGCAACAGAUAGAAAGUAAAUCUAAAGAAGAUGCUAAUGUUGUUGUACAAGAAGGAGCGCAAUUUGCAAGCAGGCUCACUGGAAUAAAAGAGAAUGCAAAAUUUCAGAAGAAUCGUGAAAAGGAGGAGGAGAGCGCAGGACUAAAGCAUGUGGUGGAAGAUGCAAAGAAGCAUCACAAUGUCAAGUAUGUAUAUGCAUGGCAUGCUUUAGCCGGUUACUGGGGUGGAGUAAAACCAGCAGCUGCUGGUAUGGAGCAUUAUGACACUGCUUUGGCAUAUCCAAUGUCGUCUCCUGGUGUUAAGGGCAAUCAACCAGACAUUGUCAUGGAUAGCCUCUCUGUACAUGGCCUUGGUUUGGUGCAUCCCAAGAAGGUUUUCAACUUCUACAAUGAGCUUCAUGCGUACUUGGCCUCAUGUGGUAUAGACGGAGUAAAAGUUGAUGUUCAGAACAUUAUUGAGACCCUUGGUGCUGGUCAUGGUGGAAGAGUUUCCCUCACCCGCAGCUAUCACCAGGCUCUUGAAGCUUCGAUUGCACGAAACUUCCCCGACAAUGGAUGUAUUGCUUGCAUGUGCCAUAACACUGAUGGACUUUAUAGCGCCAAGCAGACUGCUGUUGUGAGAGCUUCUGAUGAUUUCUAUCCUAGGGACCCUGCUUCUCACACCAUUCAUAUUUCCUCUGUGGUUUACAACUCCCUUUUCCUUGGAGAAUUUAUGCAGCCUGACUGGGAUAUGUUCCAUAGUUUACAUCCUGCUGCAGAUUAUCAUGGUGCAGCUCGUGCUAUAGGUGGAUGUCCAAUCUAUGUGAGUGAUAAGCCUGGAAACCACAACUUUGAGUUAUUGAAGAAGCUGGUUCUUCCUGAUGGAUCAGUUCUGCGUGCCCAACUUCCAGGCAGGCCAACCCGUGACUGCCUCUUUGCUGAUCCGGCAAGAGACGGGACCAGCUUGCUCAAGGUAUGGAAUAUGAACAAAUGCACAGGCGUGGUCGGUGUUUUCAACUGCCAAGGUGCUGGUUGGUGCAAGAUAGAAAAGAAAACCCGCAUUCAUGAUGCUUCUCCUGGUACUCUCACAGCCUCUGUCCGUGCCAGUGAUGUUGACUGCAUUGCUCAAGUUGCCAAUGCAGAUUGGAAUGGAGAGACAGUAGUGUAUGCCCAUAGAUCAGCGGACGUGAUUCGGUUACCUAAAGGCGCUUCAUUGCCAGUGACAUUGAAAGUUCUUGAAUAUGAGCUCUUCCAUUUCUGUCCUAUCAAGGAGAUCACUUCCAACAUUUCAUUUGCACCAAUAGGAUUGCUUGACAUGUUCAACAGCAGUGGUGCGGUGGAUCAAGUCGAGAUCCGCACAGCUUCUGAUGGCAAACCAGAACUCUUCGAUGGUGAGGUCUCCUCAGAGCUGACUACUUCACUUAGUGAGAAUCGGUCCCCAACUGCAACCAUUGAAAUGAGAGUCAGGGGGUGUGGACGUCUUGGGGCUUACUCUUCUCAGAGACCACUAAAAUGCCUUGUGGGUGGUGCUGAGACUGACUUCAACUAUGAUUCUGAUAGCGGACUGCUGACGCUGACUCUCCCUGUGCCAGAAGAGGAUAUGUAUAGAUGGCCUGUUGAGAUCCAUGUUUAAAUAAGCUAUUAAGUAGUUUGAUCGAUGGUAUCACAUAGUGAAGUAUCAUCAUUGUCAGGAGGGUUGCAAAUGCAUGUGGCUAUUUAAAGAAAUGGUCUCCCAAAAAUGGGCUGGGAGAUGUUAGAAGUUGAGAGUCUAACCAAAGGUCUAUAAUAAUGUUGUAUUCUCCCGCUUAUUUGGUAAUAAAAGUGCUUUUCUUUUCUUGCCA